UUUAAUAGGGAUCCAAGGCGUCCAACCCAUUGAAUUGCUGUAUUGAAGCGCAUUCAACGUUCUCCAUUGAAGCGCAGUUGCCGUUCUCCGUUGAAUAUAGUUCUUGUAUCCCCCAUUGAAGCAGCUUCUGAGGAUUCAACUAUGAAAUCAGAGCUCUUUUUCCUGGGCCCAGGGCUGCCGCCCCUUAAAUUUGGUUGUUCAUGUGUUGCAGAACCCUUUAAUGUUAGGACGGAACUAUGAAAUUUGACCGUUUCUGUCAGUUCUCGAAGGCUGUAGGACGAGGCCUACUGGGGCUUCUUGCUGGGGCCUUGGUGUUUGCUCUUGGAGCUAUUAGCUUGGGUGCUCCAGUUGGCUCAAAGUAUAUGCUGAGCACAAUUAAAUGGUCUCUGCUGAUGUCAGCACUUACCUUCUUACCGGCUGCUGCUAUCUUCGGUGCAUCAUGGGUAGACUGGCAACGUAUAUUUGUUAAAACUAGGCCAACAGGAUUUGUUGAGUAUAUGGUUUGCCUUCCAGCACAUGGUGCUAUCUUUGGCUCCUGGUUUGGGGCCUGGCCAAUGCCACUUGAUUGGGAAAGGCCAUGGCAGUUCAAGUUGGUUUCGAUGGAUGGAGGAGGUUUGGUUUGCCAUUCACUACAUUUUGCAUGUUCAGGGAAUGGCCCAUAUGUGUGACGUAUGGAGCGCUCCUUGGCUAUGUGAUUGGCGUGGUGGCAUCUUUUGUGUUAUAUUUCCAUAGCCGUCGGAGACAAUGCGUCAAAGUAGACUAGGUUAUGUAGCUCUUUUAUAUCUCAUUGUAUUUGUAACCUUGCAAAAUUUUCUAUAUAUUAAUAUUUGUGAAGAGUCAAAAGAACAACAGAAAGUAGAUGACAUUUAACUGGUUUCAUGUAAUUGACCUGGUGAGGCUUAGAUAUGGUAUGAUUAGGUUUUACAAUUUUGAUAUAUCUUGGAACUAUGAUUCAAAUCUGAUGUUUAAAAUAGUCAUCACUUUAUUAUUGCUCUUAAAAGUGGAGGAUUGGUGUGUA